AUGAAAAGUUUGUGUUUAAGCUGGGGACAUGAUAUUGAAAUUACGUCAGUAGAGCAUGCUUUUCUUAUUCUAUUUUAUCUUUACAGGGAGAAGGAUAUGCAUUCGUAUAUGUGCUUAGAUAAGAGAAAGCUGAUAGACAUUGAAAAGGCCACAAAAUUUUAUCAGAAAAUUAUACUUUUAUUCAAAGAAGCAGCACUAUGUGCAAGCCGAGUGGGAGACGUCAUCAUAUUUCCAGUCAAAACAGAUGAUCUUUCAACGGGUCAGAUCGGUGUAGUUUCCGUAAUAUUAAACUCAAUGUUUAAAAUGCACUUGGAGUAUAGAAAUGAGGCGGAGCAGAGAAUAAUUCAAAGCUACACAAUCCAUAAAACCAACAAUAUUUUAUAUUCUGAGACUGUUAAAUUUGAAAACGAAGAAAUUAUCCAGAUAGAAAGAAUGGGACACAAUAUGGUGAAAAUAGAGUCCAAGGACCUUCCACUAUUAAUUAGAUCCAUAGUUACAUAUUGA